AUGGGGACGUGCGUAAUAACCGACAAGAAGGACUUGCGAACAUACUCACAUUGCCAGGAUUCACAAUUACAACCAAUCAGCGAUUCAUUCUGCGUAUAUCAUGGGACGGAGGAAAUGACGUCAGACGAAGCCGCAGACGAGUGCCAAUUGAGAUUUGGUCAAAGCGCCUCUCUGUUGAAGAUAACAAGCGAACAAGAUAAAGAAGACAUUUAUAAUAGUUUACCAGUAAGCUUCAGAGGCAAAAAGAUAUGGAUGGGUGUGUCGCGCCGAUAUGAAAACGAGACAUUCAUUUGGGAUGAUGGGUCUCCUGUUGUUGGUUAUGAGAAUUGGCAUGGAAAUUCCGGCAGUCAAGAUAGUGGAGAGCGAAUAUGUGGCUACGUGCACGCUAACGGCAACAUGGAUUGGAAAACCGACCCAUGUGAUACUGAUCAUAAAUUCAUGUGCAGAGUACCAGCAUUGGUGGAAGGUACAGAUCCUGUUGACAUAACUACGUCGAGUCCCGAAUGUCCUAUCAUCACUUUCGCCGGCAUACGCCCUUCCUGUACACAAUGCGGAGUGGUGUACUACGAUCAACACGAGCAACAGUUACUCGAAUAUGUGAGCAGCCGUUACUGCUAUCUGAAUAUUAAAGGCGAAGUGGGUUUAGACGAAUUGAGAAACUGGACAACACUCGGCUCAGCCUUAGCCCCUUCUACAACAGGCGAACUUAUGGCAGUACUUGAAUAUCUGAACGUCAUUGCAACACUGAUAAAUGAGACAUCGGCUGAUUUCGAUCCUGAUAGGUUUGCAGAGGAAUCCUUUGGUUUAACAGACAAUAUUCUGCAUGAGAGAAAUGGGGAACUUUGGAAUAACUUUCAGGAUGACCGAGGAAUAAGCCGGUUGUUAAUCGCUUCAGAGAAGACAACUGACAUACUUGCAAAGACCGCUGGAAUAGAUACUGAAUACAGUGGUGACAAUAUCGAUGUCGUUGUUGAAAUUGGUUUCUCCGAGAAUUUUGAAGGGUUUACACUUAACGACAACGCAACGUCCAAUCUGGCAAGCAUCGAUGCCGACGUCUUCUCAACAGAUGAACCGUCCACAGUAACCAUAAUUGGCGUUAAUUACAAAAGUCUGGAUAAAUUAGCCAAGAAGAAUAACAGUGAAGUUGUAGACGGGGAAAACAGAUCUGACACCGUGAAAACACAGCUAAAUAGUGGCAUCGUAUCGCUGCGAGUGAUGUUGGACGGGGCUUAUACGAGUGUUCCUGUCACGUGCAUCUUAUCCCACUGGAAGGUGUUGUGCAAGAUCAUCUCUAUCGUUCUGCAUUUUCUCUAUCUGAGCGUCUUCACCUGGAUGUUCGUGGAGGGACUUCAUCUUUACUUGCAGAUAGUCGUUGUGUUCGCAUCAGAGAGAAACAGAGUCGCGCUGUAUUACAUCAUUGGUUGGGGUGUACCUGGUGUUAUAGUAGCAGUUUCUCUUGCUGUAGCUCUUGACGGUUAUGGCGCCACCAUGGGACACUGUUGGCUAAGUGUUAAAACUGGUCUCAUUUGGGCUUUCGUUGGACCGGCUAUAUUCGUCAUUUUUAGCAAUCUGGUUGUGUUACUAGUCGUGUUGAAGAUCGUAAUUAAGUCGAAGGGGAAGGAUAAAGACGGCAAGUACGAUCAUAUCAAGGCAGCGGCAAAGGGCGCCCUCAUACUCUUACCACUACUCGGACUAUCGUGGGCGUUUGGAUUGAUGUCCGUAAACAAGGGUCUUAUUGUAUUUCAAUAUUUAUUCGCCAUAUUCAAUUCGUUACAGGGAUUUUUCAUCUUCCUUCUCCACGGCGUGCUUAGCACUGAGGUACGCGCGGCUUUACGAAGGACGAGAGAAAAACACGCUUUCGCUAGGGGUGAGAUGAGUGCUACGACGAAGGGGUGGUCAACAUGGAACAAAAGCAAUUCAAAAACUCAACCUGCUGAAAGCCAAUCACCGGGUUUAAUUGAAAUUAACAACUCUGACGUCAGUGUUGUGCAGCAGAUACAGAUUGUUCAGAUUGAAGGCGGGAAAAUAGACGGUCAAAGCGAAAACGAUGGAGUAAGUCGAAACGAUGUCAAAGUAAUUGUACGACAAAAGAGCGGGAGUGGAUCCUCUAGAGCCACUCCCAUGGUAGCAUUGGUCCCACCCUCUCCCGCGUGCAGUCCAUUUUUAGUGCAGGACUCCUAUGAAGGCCUCGUUGAGGACGACGAUAUCGAAACGUUGAGAACCUGA